AUGAUUAUUUCUUUAUUUAUUUUAUUCUCUGUCUUUGUUUUACAUUUAUUUAUUUAUUCAUUCUUUUUCCUAUCGAUUGUUCCUUUUUUAUUUUUCGUUUUUUGUUUCUUUUUUCCUUCGUUUCUUUAUUUCCUUCAUUUCUUUUCUUUCUUUUUAGAUUCGUUUCUCUUUCUUUGUAUCUUCAUUUCAUUUUAUUUCCUUUCUCUUAUUUCUUUUUCCUGUUUAUUUCUUUCAUUAUUUUGUCUUUAUUUCUUUCUUUCUUUCUUUUUCCUUCGCUUGUUUAUUUUAUUUUUUCUUCACUUGUUUUUUUCUUUCUUUUAUUUUCCUUUCCUUUGUCUCUUCAUUGUAUCGUUUGAUUUUUCUUUCUUUCUUUCUUUCUUUCUUUCUUUCUUUCUUUCUUUCUUUCUUUCUAUUGAAGCAGACGGGACGUGCCUGAUAGCGUUAUCGCUUCUUUCUUUCUUUCUUUCUUUCUUUCUUUCUUUCUUUCUUUCUUUCUUUCUUUCUAUUCUCUUUGUUUUACCUUUUAUUUCUUUUUUCUUCAUCCACUUCUUUAUCUAA